AUCACACCAACACCCCUAAUUUGAAGAUUGAGGUGGCUUUAUGGGGUUCGGUCUUCACCGAUGACUUUUUGACAUGUAGCGUGAACGAUGGGAUCAAAGUCCCACUCUUCUGAUUGGCUCUACCCUCUGAGCGGCUCCACCUACUGGUCCACAGUGUUACAACCAGCUAAGUUUACUUUUCAUGCAUAGGGCCUGGCUGAUUUGGAUAACUUUUCACUUAAUUAAUAAAAUCAUAAUUAGACAACCGCAUUUUAAGAACAAAUAAGAAAAUGGGCAUCUUACAUGGUACUGUUUCUCUUUUCAUGUUUGCUUUAAAAUCACUGAAGUUGUCCUCUAUUCUUUGCAUGUGUCCCCAUUAAAGAAUACUGGCAUGUUGGCGGUGAAGUUGUUUGAGGUCAUGUCUUUGCAAGUGGAAAGCUUUCUGAGCUAUUCUAGGAAAGCGGUGGGAUGACAGAUAUGCUUGCAGCUCAGGGUUUACCGGAAGGGCUCCACAUUACUCAUCAAUAAUAGAUUAUCCCCUCCCCUUUCUGACAUACGACUGGCUGCAUUUGUUCAUACCACUCUGGGUUUCAGUAAAAGCGUGUCUUUUCUUCUCCUCUCAAAGUUGUAAAAAAUGCUUGGACUACCCUUGAGACUACAGAGCAUGUUCUGCCAGGUGUCAUGGGAUGUAUUAUUCAUGUUCUGAGUCGUCGUUGGUCUGAACUUAAACCAUCAUGGCUUCUGUCGAUGUUACACUGGAAAACCAGCUGCACAGCGCACAGAAAAACCUGCUUUUCCUGCAGCAGGACCAUGCUAGCACACUGAAGGGGCUGCACACAGAGAUCCGCAGGCUACAGCAGCAGUGCACAGACCUGACGUAUGAGCUCACUGUGAGAAGUUCCGACCCCUCAGACAGCAGUGAAGAACGAUGCAGGGAGCUGCAAAGGAGGUGUGAGGAGCUGGAGGCCCAGCUGAAGAAGAAGGAGGAAGAGAACACAGAGCUGCUCAGGGACCUGGAGCAAAAGAAUGCCAUGAUCUCUGUUCUGGAAAACACCAUCAAAGAGAGGGAGAAGAAGUAUCUGGAGGAGCUUAAGAUGAAGAGCCAUAAGUUGGCUGUUUUGUCUGGAGAGCUGGAGCAAAGAGCCAGCACCAUCGCCUACCUUACCUCGCAACUUCAUGCUACAAAAAAAAAGCUUUUAGCUGGCAGUUCUUCUGAGGCAAGUCCUAAUGUCAGCCCCAUCUCCUCCUACAAACCCACGCCUCCACCCGCUAAAGACAAGCAGCCUGAAACGCCUCGCCGCCGCAUGAAGAAGAGCCUCUCCCAGCCUCUUCACCCAGAGCUGACCGAGGUAUACCGCCUGGGCCCGGACGGCAGGCGGCUGGUUCUACGAGAAACUGUUGAUGCCAUGCCUGACCCUACACCAUUCCUGCAGGCAGGCAGAAAGUCUCCAGAACCACAGGUGGUGCGUGAGCGACCUGCCGUCAUCCCUCCAAUCAGCUCGGAUCGCUCCCCCAUCCCUCCUCUAGGUGCUACAGCAAGUCCCCGUCACAGCCCGGCUCGGGAUCGUCAGCACAGAGCUCACGUGGGAGUGGCUCAUCGGAUCUCACACAGCACCCCUCCUGUUGCCAUGCAAGCAGAGCUGGAGACCCUGGCUGUGGACCAGGUCAACGAGGACAAGGUUGUGCAGAAGCACUCUGGAGCUGACAGGACAGUUUAAGAUGUGAACGCAGUCACACACCUAGGACCAGAUGCAUAAAACUCUGUAGUUCUUAUAUUCAAUAUUGUUGAUGAUUUAUAAAUUUGCACAAAAACAUUUUCCUUUCUUUUCUAGUUUUUGUUCUUUUGUGAAUGAACACAGAUAUCCUGAUUUUAUUAUUUGCACAUAAAAACAACUAACUACACAUAAAAAUAGGAGUUGAAAAUCAAUAGGAUUUGAGUUGAUUCAGGAUAAAUGGGAAGGUGAACGAAGGAAUCUGGCAACUCCUACUUUUCAAAGUCAAGCUGCACACGAGCCAAGAUCCAACAGUCUUUCAUUAAUGGUUCCAACCUCGGAUGGAUGGUUCCGACUUUGUGGAGUAGUUGUGAAGAGCCGGUGUCUUACCUGCAGUAGACAGCUGUUAGAACAGCUGGGAGAAAGAAGAGAGAAGCUAAGAGCUAGUCAGGAGAGCCGAUCUAGGAACGUAAGGAACUUUUGCACUGCUUUGCUUUUGCACCAGUCAGCUGAAAACACUUAACAAGGCUUCUUUGGUGUAAAUAACCACGGAUGUAUAAGCAGGCGUAUGAUGGCUGUACCUCACUGGAAAACAUUGACAGACGUGUCGAGGCUGCAUCGAACACAUCUCGUUUCUUCGAGGCGCACAGUGCAGGAAAUGUGAGCCGACCUUAGAAGCAGUUGGAAACGCGGUAGAAGGUAAAACGACAUAAGUGGAACACUAUGGCUGAGUUGGGACAGGAGCGUUAGUACGAAGGUCACAAACUGUUUGCUGCUGUUAUGUCCUCAUCAGGUGCAACACAGACGUGUGGUGUGUACCGCAUCAGUUUGAGUCCAAAUGAAGAUUUACACUCUUUCCCACAAUAUUGUGUCUCCAGCUCGGUGAGAUCCUGACUUUGUUGUGACUGAACUAAAGAUGCACCGAUUCAUACCGAUUCCCGAGUCUUCUACAGCUCUGACCUGAACAGGACAAAUCGUAUUCAUUUGAAAAGUGUGACUGAAACCAAAAUCUUCCACACUGCUUGUGCUAAUGAGUGCCUGGUGGUGAAGCUCUGGGGCGUGUGCACUGUGAGCUUCGUCAGGUUUGAGUUGUACAUGCUGUUGUUCGCAGCCAGUCGCUUGACUUUCUCUCUGACUCUCUAAACGGAGAUGAUUUGUGGCUGUUGUUAAAUCCUCCAUUCACUGUUCGCUUUGAGGUCUCUAACAAGGUCUUCCAAAGUCACCCGACAGCCACCCACCCCCAUUCACACAGAUCAUUUUCACGUUUACGAUGAGGAUGGCUCUAAAACCAUGAGCCACUGAUGAAUGAUGCACGCUGCAGUCUUCCAUACAGAAACAGCAUUUUUGUGUAUGUGUGGGUUUUGUGUGCAUGCAUUGUUUAUGCAUCUGAUCCUAGUGUAAACAAAGUAGACCACAUGAACAUUACGGAGCCUGACCCACUGUGUAGCCUGCUUUUGAUGCAACACUGCGUUAUAAACAAAUAUAUCAUUUUGUGCUGUUCCAGGAGUUUUUUUAUUAUUAUUUAAUUCACAGUAAAGCAUGCCAAAUGUGUCUCAACUGUUCAGAUUGUACUAUACACAUCUUUGCAUUUUCCUCUCUUUUGUUUUUGUCGUUUGUGGAGCACACGACUAAUUCCCAGCCAAAUAUCUGCAUCAGUGCCUGCCGUAACGGUCAGCUGUGAGGACGUUACAUAUCUCCAUCUUUUCAACGAGGCUGAACACGCCAAGGCAAUGUUGCACCACGUCUGCAGCUGCUUAGGGUAACGAAGCUGAACCUCCUAGAUCUAGAAUGUCCGUCUGCUCCUGAUGUCUGUAUCAUAUAACCGUAGGUAGAGGCUGCAUCAUGUGCAAUUGAACUUUUCCAGGGUGCCGGUUUGAACGUUUCCUUUGCUGACUGGAGGAAACCAGCAGAUGUGUGUUAAUGCUAAAUGAACUGACGAUGAACUUUGUGUACGAGUGUGUGUGCGUGUGAGUGUGAGAAAAAUGAUGAAGUUUGAUGGGAGAUUUUGGCUUUGGCUGAAACAAAAUCCACUGAUGCCGUUUGUCAUACAAGGGCAUUUUUAAAAGGCUGCUUUACCAGGAUUUUGUGAUAUUGUCAUUUUGAAAGGCUGUGAAUUUCUAAUGAUUUCUUUUUUAAAUUAUUGUUUCAUAUAGAAGAUAGAAAACACAGCAGCUCAGAUACUCUGUAGGUACUGCACCGCCAGUGUGAUUACGUCUCUUAAUAGCCUGCUUUUCACAAUAAGAUGACAUGUCAUCGAUAUAAUAAAGCAAUGCUUUUUAUAACA